AUGGCCGGCUACGGAAACCGCACAGCACCCGACUACACCACCACCACCACCCCAGCCCACCUCGGCGCGCAGCACGCACAGACGCGCCUCGGCGCCCCUUCCACCAGCGCGCCCACGUACGGGGCCGGGUACGGCAACAAGCGCGCCUCGCUGGCCCCUACCACGUCCGCCGAGGACUAUGACAAAGCCUCGGAUCAUGCUGCAGCGGAGAGCGACGAUGAGAGAGGAGGGGGAGAAACGCCGCUGCGAUUCGAUUCCCAGACCACACACGGAUCGGCGCCCUACAGCGGUGCGCAUACGUACGGCAGCGCGAGCACGGCGGGGGCUGGGUGGGGGAAUAAGACGGGGAGUUUUUCGGGGGGUGGUGAGAGGGAAGGUAUGUGA